AUGUCCUCCCGCAGGUUUCACAGGAAGUCGCGAAGCGGGUGCCUCCAUUGCAAGAAAAGACACAUCAAAUGUGAUGAAGGUCGUCCGAUAUGCGCCAAUUGUCAGAGAGCGAGCGUAGUUUGUACCUAUGACCAGCUCAAAGUGCCCACUAGCCCAGCACAAAGUGCAAGUCUCAGUCCAGCUGGGUCCUCGGCAUCAACUCUAGUCUUUGAACAUCCUUCAACUUUUGAUAUGCUCGAUCUAUCCUUGAUGCACCAUUACACCAUAUCAACUUCGCUUGGACUGUUUGCUGGCCAGGGCUCACGAGAGAUCUGGCAAGAGAUGGUCCCCAAUGAGGCACAGUCAAACCCCCUACUGAUGCAUGGUAUUCUUGCCUUGGCUUCUAUGGACCUUGCCCGCACACGACCAAAUGAGCGACAAUUGUAUGCGACCAGGGCGUUAGCUCAUCAAAAUGCUGGCACCAGAUUGUUCAGGUCUAUGCUUGAACAAGUUCGUCCGUCCGAUAGCCAUCAUGUUCUUAUGCUCUUCAGCAUGAUGUUGGCCAUAUUAGCCUUUGCAUUCCCACACGCAUGCGAUACUCCGCCAGAUUUUGAUGGCAUUCUUGAUCUGUUUAGUCUUAUGCGAGGCUGCAAGACUGUGUGGAACUUGAACCCAGAAUCGCUCGCCGGCACUCAAUUGGCGUCAUGGGUCAAGGCCACCUUCGCUGGACAUCCAAUUGAGAUGAAACCCGAAGUCGAUCGUCGUUUCCAGAUCCUGCGAGCACGUUUGAAUGAUCCAGCAGAUAUUCUGGCCACCGAUCAGCUUGUUGACUUCAUACACAAAGAGCUCGCGACGUCUUCAGAUGGAGUCUCAAACAUAGGUCGUUGGCCUACUAUGGUCAGCGAUGCAUUCUGGUUGCGAGUGCAGAACCAUGAAGUAGAUGCUCUGCUCGUGCUUUCCCAUUAUUCUGUCGUCUUGGGUGCGCCUAAUUUCAGAUGGUGGACUACGAACUGGGACUCAAUCUUGUUAAUGGCCAUCAACAACGCUCUGUCAUCGCAGGAUAAGAAGCUCCUCGAGUGGGACUAUCCCGCCAUGAUGAAAUUUGCAGACUCCUACAAGGAGAAGUAA